AUGCUGCCUCCACAGCUUUUAAGGGAUGCAGAGCGAUUUGUUGGGAUCCUUAAGGGAGAUCCGGAUCUUUUGCACACUCCUGAGCUCCGGUUCUUGAAGGAAUAUUUAGAGAGCGAGGAGUCUGAGCUCGGUAAUGAUUUACAUUUCUUGUUUACGUCCUGUUCUUAUGAAGAAUUUGAUACAUCAGGAGUUAUCGAGGAGGAGCCAGAUGAACCUCAACCCAUGGGGGACGACACAGCUGAAGUAACGGAAGAAAUGAUUGAAAAAGCUGAAGAGAAGCGUUCUGAGGCCCAGGCAAAGUUCUCAGAUGGUGAUUUUGAAAGCGCUGUAACUCUCUUUACCGAGUCUAUCUUGGCAAAUCCCCGAAUUGCUGUUUCUUUUGCAAAAAGAGCUGCAAACCCGCAUCUGCUAUUCGUGAUUGCGAUAAGUGGCGCGGUUUUGCCCAUAAGUGAGGCUCUUGGACAUUGGGAGGAGGCAUAUAUGGAUCUGCAGACCUCACUGAAACUCGAUUAUUCUGAUGAUGCGUAUGAUGCUAUGAAGGCCGUCGAGCCUAAUGUGGGUUCAGUUAUAAGUCCAUUAAGGCUGCAAGAUGCAUUCAGUAAGAUCCUAUCUGACCCCGAAUUGAUAGCUGCUAUGCAGGAUCCUGAGCUGCAGGCGGCUUUUGCGCAGGGUUUGACGAACCCUGCGGCCUUCAACGCCGCAGCAAGCAACCCUAAAUUUGCUGAUUUGAUGAAGAAAGUGGGCAAGAAGAUGGGUGUACCGGAAGAUGCACAAGCAGCACCAGCUUCGGGUGGACCGCAGAUGAAACCUACCGGGGAUGGUAUGUGUCACUAG